AUGGAUCCCCGUUUCAACCGUGAGGUCGACCUGGAGACGGGUUUUCACACACGCUGCUUGAUCUGCAUGCCAAUCAAGGACGGCGCGGGGAAUGUCCUCGCGGUUGCCCAAGCAAUCAACAAACAGAUCGAUGAAGACGCUAACAGUGACGACAAAAAGGACGAUGGCUGUGAUGAAGAUGCUUCAAAAUCCGUCUUCUCUGCGCGCGACGUCAGUGUGUUUAGAGCCUACACAAGUUUCUGUGGCAUCGGACUUCAUCAAGCACAGAUACUUUGGCGAAGCCAACUGGAAACUCGCCGCAGUCAGGUACUAUUGGAGCUAGCUCGUUUAAUCUUUUCCGACCAAUCUGAUGUCCGUCGACUGAUAUACACCAUUCUUAUGCACAGCCAAUCCCUGCUCACUUGCCAACGAUGCCAAUUUCUACUAGUAAACAAUCUCACUGAAGAUACGCCCGAUUCUGACGUUUUCGGAGAAGCCUAUGAUUAUACAUGGAAAGACGGUGAUCUCGAUUUUGACGAAGUGGACUGCAAGGAUCCUGUGUGGAAAAGUCGAUCAAUUCUAUGCAUGCCAAUCAAGCACUCUGAUGGCCACGUACUUGGCGUCUGUCAACUUGUUAAUAAGUCGUCCCUAUCCUGCCACUGUUCUCUUCCACAGGAGUCGUUGCCUGUGUCCUCAUUGGAGUUUGAAGACAGUUGGUCAGGUGCUUUUUCGAAGAACGACGAAUCGCUUUUUGAAGCUUUUGCGUUGUUUGCAGGACUGGGGAUAGCCAACACGCAGAUGUACGAGCAAGUUCUUCGGGCUGAGGCCAAACAGCGCAUCGCUUUUGAUGUUCUUUCUUAUCAUGCAACUGCAACCCCUGCAGAGGCUAGCGCCCUUGCCAAAGAGCUCAUUCCAUCGGCGAAGUACUAUCGACUAAACCAAUUCUCUUUCACUGAUCUCCCUCUGUCCGUCGACGACACCUUGAAGGCGUGCAUCCGAAUGUUCUCAGACAUGGGCUUCAUCAGCCGCUUCCGUAUAGACUACAAUUCCCUCUGCCGCUGGCUGCUCUCGGUCAAAAAGAAUUACCGUGCAGUCACCUACCACAACUGGAGGCACGCAUUCAAUGUGGCACAGACCAUGUUUGUCAUGUUUAAGGUAAGUCCGUGCUAA